AUGGGCGGUGGACCGAAGAUCCCGUACCCCAAGCACGUCUGGUCGCCGUCUGGCGGUUGGUACGCGCAACCGGCCAACUGGAAGCGGAACACGGCCAUUGCCAUUGCUUGCAUGUUCGGCAUCACUGCCUGUGUAUGGAAGAUCAGCGCCGAGUUGGAGUACCGCCCCAGGAUGCCCGAGCCGGAUCGGUUCUACCCCAGCCGAUACUGGAGCAGGCAAAUCAUUGAGUACGAGCGCGAGCAGAAGGCGAAGGCGGAAGCUGCGAAGAGGGAAGCGGAGGCGAAGGCUCAGCAGCAGCAACAGCAGUAG